AUGCAAGGCGGGCCCGUUCUUCCCGCAAUCUUAGAGCUACAGCGACACCCGGACCCCACGCAGCAUCCCCAGUUCCGUCCGCUCUACACUGGCCCUCCAUCUUCUGCAGGAAAUCCCCCACCGCCUCCUGGACCAACGGAAUCCCCUCCUACACAACUUAUCAAACGACAAGCGUCCCAGACUCCACUUCCUGAGGAAAGCCCGGCCAAGAAGCAAUCUAAAUGGACUCCUGAAGAGGACAACCUCACUAUUGAACUACGAGGCCAAGGGAUGAAGUGGGACGACAUCGCAAAACGUUUACCGGGAAGGAGUUCGAUUUCAUGUCGAUUGCGCUAUCAAAACUACCUGGAGAAGCGGGCCAUUUGGGAUGAAGAGAAGAAGAACAAGCUAGCGAGACUGUACGCUCGAUUCAAAGAUCAGAUGUGGCAGAAAGUCGCAACUGAGAUGGGCAUUCCCUGGCGCUCGGCUGAGUCAAUGCACUGGCAACUUGGGGAACAGGAGAUGAGCGCGCGUGCUAACGCCCCUGUCUUCCAGCUCCAUCCUUCUGCAACAGGACUCAGUUCUCCCCCGCCAGUUUCUGUGGCUCCAGCAUCACACGGAUUCACACCAGCAAACGCCAGCCAACUGGUUCCUAAUCCACCACUACAUCCACAACAUAAUCCACCACCGCCACCAGGACCAAUCCACGGUUAUCACCACCGAACAGAGAGUAACUCGAGCCAGGGACGACGCAGGAAUAGCUCAUUCAGCCGGAAACGAACCGAUGCACGAUCUAGAUCCAGUGUUCCUCCUCAACUUGGGCCCCCCCUUCCCCAAUUGCAGCCGGCGUCCGAGGCCGACCUUAUUAGUGGAGCAAUGACAGCACCUACCUUGGAGACGCAUUCAGGUGUUAAGAGGGAAAGCGAAAGUGUAGGAUUCGUUGAGCCGUAUCUGAAGAGGAGGCGCGAGGAGGAAAGUACUACUACCUAUCGACCCGAACCGGACGCACGGAGUCAGGGAGGGCGGAGCCCGGAUCGGUCUUCGCAGCGGAGUGGUACAGGGAGCGUGAGGAGUGUAAAGAAAGAGCGCGAGGAACCAGAGAAAAUCUCGAAGGAGCCUGAGCCCCCGUCCACUUGA